UAUUUGCGGCUAACCUGACAGUCGCAGUUUGGCACAUUCUCCAACAGUCGGUCAAAGCAACGGACGGGGAGCAGCGGACAAUCACUAUUACGGAUUACGAAAUAAGCAGUGGACAUUGUAACCCAUUUGUCGUGCACCGUGCGUCCAGCCCAAUUAGAAAGUGUCAGCAUGUCCAGUGAGGUGCAGCCGAGGCCGGACGACAGCCCCAAUACCAGUGGGGGAAGCUCAGAUGCUGAGCAGAGAGAGGCAGCUCCUCCAGAGCAGCCGGGCCCUGAGCAGCGGGACCAGACCCAGCCCAAGAAGAAGGAGGCCAAAAUCUCCAGCAAGACCGCUGCCAAGCUCUCCACCAGCGCCAAGAGAAUCCAGAAGGAGCUAGCAGAGAUAACCUUGGACCCACCGCCAAAUUGCAGCGCUGGUCCUAAAGGAGACAACAUCUACGAGUGGAGGUCGACCAUCCUUGGCCCUCCGGGCUCUGUGUACGAGGGAGGAGUGUUUUUCCUGGACAUCGCCUUCACACCAGACUACCCCUUCAAACCACCCAAGGUGACAUUCCGUACGAGGAUCUACCACUGUAACAUCAACAGCCAGGGGGUGAUCUGUCUGGACAUCCUGAAGGACAACUGGAGUCCUGCCCUCACCAUCUCCAAGGUCCUGCUGUCUAUCUGCUCCCUGCUCACUGACUGCAACCCUGCUGACCCUCUGGUGGGAAGCAUCGCCACGCAGUACCUGACCAACAGAGCUGAGCAUGACAGGAUAGCCAAACAGUGGACCAAACGCUACGCCACAUAGACCAACUCGACCCAUCCAGGAACCCCACCGUGCACACACACACACACACACACACACACACACACACACUUCAAACACCUCCCCUCCUCCGAAGUCUAUGGAAGCACACCCGUCCCUUUCAUCCACUCUGCCCCCGCCCCUACGAAAUGAACUGUUAUUUGUUCCAUGCUUACUUGAAAAGCUUCUUUUUUAUACAAAGAGUCUAUUGGGAUAUUAUUUUCCAAUACACUGAAUGUUAAUAUGGUCAUGAAAAGCUUUAAUACUGUUAUUGUUCUUGUCGGUGUUGUUGUUCUUAUUGUUAUUGCAUUGUUUUUAAAAGAUGCCACACUCGUCAUCUUUAUCUGAACGUGUGCGUGUAUUAUUCCCAUUUCAUGUGAUGGUGUCAUCUAAAACUGACCAUACCGAGUGAGUGUAUUUAGUUUGUUUUCUUCCAGUGGUUUUACAGUUCAUGGUCAAUAUUAGUGCAUGGCAUCAGGAUACAGUAUGUGUUCAUGCAGCAGACAUGUAGUCAUGCUAUUAUUUCUGUCUUGGCGGAGUUCUGGCAUGGAGUGAGCCCGUCACCAUGUAUGACUUGUUGUAGUUUGCUGUACAUUUAAUGCCUUGUGAGAAUACAUACCCAUUGAAUACUCAAUUAAACACUGGCUGUAAUGUGA